AGAUGUGAAGCAAUCCCAUGAUGCAACAUGCGUCCCCUCCACCCUCACUGACCAUAAUGGCAUCUCAGAACGUGCCCCCUCCUUCCUACCAAGAGAGCCAACAGAUGACUGCCACUCCUCAACAGCCAUCCAAGACCCAACCCGGGCACCUCCCAACAUCAUCAGCCGCUGCUACCCCUGUCCCCAACGUCCCCCUCGACCCACAGGCCCAGCUGGAGUCUGACAAGAGAGCAGUGUACAGACACCCUCUCUUCCCGCUGCUGGCCUUGCUGUUUGAGAAGUGCGAGCAGUCCACACAGGGCUCGGAGUGCGUCACCUCGGCCAGUUUUGACGUGGACAUCGAGAACUUUGUCCAUCAGCAGGAACAGGAGCACAAACCCUUCUUCAGUGAUGACCCAGAGAUUGACAACCUGAUGGUGAAAGCGAUUCAGGUGUUGCGGAUUCACCUGCUGGAGCUGGAGAAGGUGAACGAGCUGUGUAAGGACUUCUGUAACCGUUACAUCACGUGUCUGAAAACCAAGAUGCACAGUGACAACCUCUUGCGGAACGACCUGGGAGGUCCGUACUCCCCAACGCCCGUGUCCCACAACCUCCCCUCACAGAACUCCCCGACGUCCCUGACAGUCACCAACACCAUGAACUCACAGGGCAUUGUGUUGCCCACAUCGGCCCUGCAGCCGGGAAACACUGCCAUGGCCACACAGGUGGUGACAGGUGGAACAAUAUACCAACCAGUAACUAUGGUAACCUCACAGGGUCAUGUGGUGACUCAGGCCAUUUCACAGGGUACAAUACAGAUUCAGAAUGCGCAGGUGAACCUGGAGUUGACGUCUCUGCUGCAGGACGUGGAUGACAAGAAAUCGAAAAGCAAGCGUGGUGUGCUGCCCAAACACGCCACCAACAUCAUGCGUUCCUGGCUCUUCCAACACCUUGUGCAUCCGUACCCAACAGAGGAUGAAAAGAGACAGAUUGCAGGACAGACAAACCUCACACUCUUACAGGUCAACAACUGGUUUAUUAACGCCCGGAGACGUAUCCUGCAGCCGAUGCUGGACGCCAGUAACCCUGACCCCGCCCCAAAAGCCAAGAAAAUAAAGUCACAGCAUCGGCCGACACAGCGAUUCUGGCCGGACUCCAUCGCAGCCGGAGUGCUCCAGCCAGCGGGCAACCCCACCAACCCCGACAGUUCGCUGGGAGGGGCGCUGGACCCCCUACACCCCCACUCAGACAGCGCCGCACUGACCAUGAUGAGCGGCCCCGGGGGGGAUGGAUCUCUGGACGGGACGGACGAGGAGGACGAGGAGGAGGACAUGGGGGAGGAAGAAGAGGAGGAGGAGGAGGAAGAUGAGGAAGAGGAGGACACUAAUGGGGACCUGCCCACCGCCAAUGUCAGUGACUUGGGGCUGAACCACAGCGAGACGUUGGGGUAGAACUGGCUCUCGCCCGGCCUGAGCCUCGGCAAAAAACAACCCACGUACACAAUAAACUGAUCUUUUUUUAUUAUUAUCGACGAAAGAAUCUUCACGAAGCAGUCG